AGUCGAAUCGCAUGAUGACAUGAAUGUUGUCUGCUCGUUGUUUUGCCGUUUUCUUUUGAAAUUUAAGUGAAAAACGUGUUUGUACCAAUUAUGUCAGGUGAUGGAGUAUUGCACCCACUUGUGUACUGGGCACAGACAGACAAGAACGUGUCUCUAAAAGUAGACAUUAGCGACGUGACUAACCACAAAAUAGUUGUUACGGAUGAGAAUCUUCAAUUUGAAGCCCAAGGUGUUGGCGCUGGAGGACUUCACUUCUACAAGUUCUCAUUGGACUUCUAUGGAGCUGUUGACGAGGAGAAAAGCACAUACCGUGUUCUUGACCGCAAUGUUGAGAUAAGUCUAGCUAAGGCAGCGAAGUCAGACUUCUGGCCGCGAGUUACCUACAAGAAAGAGAAAGCAGCUUGGCUCCGUCUUGACUUUGAUAAGUUGGAGUUGGAGGACAGUGAGGGAGACCAAGAACAAGUUCAAAAGGUAGACCAUCGAGCGAAGAUUAAAGAGCUUGAGAAACAAAUUAUGGACGCUCAGGACAAAGCCUAUACAGAUAUGAAGACAGCAUACUUGUUCAUCUACAACUUGUUGCAGUUCAUCAUGUAUACAUAUGUCUCCAUACUGCUCUUCACUUGGUUCAUACUCUAUGGCAAAGAUGAUAUGAACGCUGCUUUCGAGAGGGCUUUCUACCCAUUAGGAAUAGCCCAAAUACUGGCAGUACUAGAGAUUGUUCAUCCAUUGACAGGGCUCGUCAAAACAGGCUUGGCUGCUCCUAUCAUGCAGGUGUUAGGUCGUGACCUCGUGUUGUUCUUGAUAAUUGUACCGAUUGAGGAGCUGCAUUCAGAGCCCAUUGUGUGCUAUCUGUUUCUCAUAUGGAGUGCUAUAGAAGUCGUAAGGUAUCCUUACUAUAUAUUCGCAACCUUAGAUUAUGACAGUGAGGUCGUCACAUGGCUGCGAUACACAAUGUGGAUGCCCCUUUACCCUCUGGGUAUAUUGUCAGAAGGUAUUGUGGCCCAUCUUGCAAUCCCGUACGCCCAAGAACGAGGCAUUUUUUCCAUGAGCCUUCCGAAUUCUUUCAACUUUGCGUUCCGUUUUGAUUACUACUUGUACGUCCACCUUGCUCUCUUGGUCCUUCUCGGGCCAUUCAUGUUGACUCACAUGUGGAAGUUGCGGCAAAAACGUUUUGGUCCCAAGAGGAAGGUGAAGGCACACUGAAGUGAUUUCUCUGGAAGAAUCCCUAUCAAAACUACUACAAAAUAGUAUUCAAGUUUAUUCAUCAAAAGACAGAGUGAGGCAGGCCCCCAUUACCUUGAUGCCCUUGAAAGCUCAAGUAGAAAUUUACAAUUUCCUCGCCCUUUACCAAGGAGAAAAUCCCUUGGUGCCCUUCCCUUUUACAGACGAAGCAUACAGGCCUGGUGAGAAACUUUCCUUACAUAAAAAGCGCUCCAAGAGCUGAGAAAGUUUCAAGUUUGGCUUAAAAAAAUGGUUUCUGUGCAUUUACAGGAAGGGUCAUCAUUUGUCAACUUAAUGCUGAUUUAUUGUGAUUCUGAUAGCACCCUCUUUUGAAUCAUCCUCCUUCAGUGCAUGUUAAUUUCCCAUAGGGGUAACAGAAUCUCUGGCGGACAGAUUAUCCUAAGACAAUGGCACUUUAAUCAGGAAGUUGUUGGUUCAAAUCCCACUCGAGUCAAUUUUUGGUUUUAAUCAACCCCAAAUCGUUUAAAAUUUAAGACAGUCGGUUGCCCUUAUGGUUUAUGGUUUAUUAAUACUGUUAUAUUUGUAAUGAAUAAAUUUGUACCUCUUUAAAGGCAGUGGACACUAUUGGUAAUUACUCAAAAUAAUUAUCAUCAU